CCGCCAAUGCAUUGCGAUUUAAACCUGAACGACCCUCCACCUCUUCCCGCCUUUCCUGCUCUUCUUGCCCUUAUAUCUAUCUCCCCCCCAAUCCUCCAUCAACAAAAACUCUAUCUCUUCCUUCCCUCCCUUCGUCCUCCGUCAAUCCACACCUCCCUCUCCCCCAAUACCGCCCCACAUUCUUCAGUCAGGUCUCUUUCUUCAUCUGUCGGAGUCUCUGCUUUGUAUCAGUAUCAACACCACCGACCCAGCUCCGUAGCACAAACACACCUGCUGCCGCUUCCCCCCGCCUUCUCAGACCCUCUUCAUCCCACCCGGACGAACGACACCUAAUCCAUCAGCGUUUUUUUUUUGCAAUCGAAUAAUAGCCGUUAGCCAUGUGUGGAAUUUUUGGCUACGUCAACUACCUCGUCGAGAAGGACCGCAAGUACAUCUUGGACACUCUGGUCGCUGGUCUGUCCCGCCUUGAAUACCGCGGCUAUGAUUCCGCCGGAGUCGCCGUAGACGGUGACAAGGAGGGCGAGGUGCUGGCCUACAAGGAAGUCGGAAAAGUUGUAAAGUUGCAGCAAUUGAUCGAAGAGGCCAAGCCUGACCUCGACGCUACCUUUGUGUCCCAUUGCGGUAUUGCACACACACGGUGGGCCACCCACGGUCAGCCAUCGCGCAUCAACUGUCAUCCUCACCGAAGCGACCCCACCUCGCGGUUCUCCGUCGUUCACAAUGGUAUCAUCACCAAUUACAAGGAGCUGAAGGCUCUGUUGGAGAGCAAGGGAAUGGUCUUCGAGAGUGAGACCGACACCGAGUGCAUCGCCAAACUUACAAAGUACAUCUACGACCAGAACCCGUCGAUCGACUUCACCACGCUUGCCAAGACUGUCAUUGCCGAGCUCGAGGGUGCUUUCGGUCUGCUGCUGAAGUCUGUUCACUACCCCCAUGAGGUCAUCGCCGCACGGAAGGGUUCGCCUCUUGUGGUGGGUGUAAAGACCCAGCGCAAGAUGAAGGUGGACUUUGUGGACGUCGAGUUCUCCGACUCCGGCCCAUUGCCCGCCGAGCAGGCCGCGCACAACGUUGCUCUCAAGAGCUUGAAGUCCGGUCCCCAGAGCAGCCUCGCUCCUCCGGAUAAGAGCCUUCUCCACCGCUCGCAGUCCAGGGCGUUCCUUUCCGACGAUGGCAUGCCCGUUCCCGCCGAGUUCUUCCUGAGUUCCGAUCCUUCCGCGAUCGUUGAGCACACGAAGAAGGUGCUGUACCUCGAGGACGACGACAUCGCUCACAUCCACGAGGGUCAGUUGAACAUUCACAGGGCCGGAAAGCGGGAGGGUGGUUCGGCGAUCCGUGCCAUCCAGACCCUGGAGUUGGAGCUUCAGGAGAUCAUGAAGGGCAAGUUCGACCACUUCAUGCAGAAGGAGAUUUUCGAGCAGCCCGAGUCCGUUGUGAACACCAUGCGUGGACGCUUGGACGUUGUCAACAAGAAGGUCACCCUGGGUGGUCUUCGCCAGUACAUCAGCACUAUCCGCCGAUGCCGAAGAAUAAUAUUCAUCGCCUGCGGUACAUCGUUCCACUCCUGCAUGGCCGUGCGUGGGUGUUUCGAGGAGUUGACCGAGAUCCCGAUCGCUGUUGAAUUGGCCUCCGACUUUUUGGACAGACAGGCACCCGUGUUCCGUGAUGAUACUUGUGUCUUUGUCUCACAAUCCGGAGAGACCGCCGAUUCGCUCAUGGCCCUGCGCUACUGUCUCGAGCGCGGUGCCCUGACCGUCGGUAUUGUCAACGUUGUCGGUUCGUCGAUUUCGCUCCUCACUCACUGCGGUGUCCACAUCAACGCCGGACCCGAGAUCGGUGUUGCGUCCACCAAGGCGUACACUUCUCAGUACGUUGCGUUGAUCAUGUUCGCGCUCUCCCUGAGUGAGGACCGAGCAUCCAAGAUCAAGAGACAAGAGGAGAUCAUCGAGUCCCUCGGCAAGAUUUCCGGACAGAUCAAGGAUAUCCUCCAGCAGGACCAGGCGAUCAAGGAGCUCGUUGCCAAGUUCUUCCACAACCAGAAGUCGUUGCUGCUUCUCGGACGUGGCAACCAGUACGCCACCGCACUCGAGGGAGCCUUGAAGAUCAAGGAAAUCUCGUACCUGCAUUGCGAGGCUGUCAUGUCCGGCGAAUUGAAGCACGGAGUGUUGGCCCUGGUCGACGAGAACUUGCCCAUCAUCAUGAUCCUGACACGCGACGGCAUCUUCAAGAAGUCGCUCAACGCUUACCAGCAAGUUGUUGCCCGUGGUGGACGACCAAUCGUCAUCUGCAACGAAGACGACGAGGAGUUCAGAAACGAGACCUGCGAGAAGAUCCAGCUGCCCCAGACUGUCGACAUCCUGCAGGGACUCUUGAACGUCAUCCCCCUGCAGCUGAUGGCCUACUGGAUGGCUAUCGCCGAGAACCUCAACGUCGACUUCCCAAGAAAUUUGGCCAAGUCGGUCACUGUCGAGUAAAUACACGGGUGACUGGGGGAAGUCGUGCGUCCUUGGGCUGGGUCUGGGUUGAGUUGGAGCUCUCCUGCGUAUACCAUUUCGUGCUUUGAUCAUGGGGUUUCGGUAAACAGUGGGGAAUGGGAUGGACGGAUGGCAUACGAUAGAUGGCAGAUGGAAUCGAACAUGCCCCCACUGCUCUGAGCAA